CUGUCCUGGAGCUCCAUAGUAGCUGUCGAUGACCUUGAAGUUGUGAUUCUCGGUUCACCUCCCAAGUUUUGGGCUUGCAAAAACUGAGUCAGCAGCACACUUGGUUUAAUGUGGUGCUUUGUAGGAAACAGAAGGAGCCCGUGACUUUUGAGAAUGUGGAUGUGAACUUCACAUCAGACGAAUGGACUUUAUUGGAUUCUAGUCAAAGGAAGCUCUACAGAGAUGUGAUGAAGGAAAACUAUGAACCUGAUCUCCAUAGAGAAAAUACAUGAAGAAAAUGUUGAAGAGGACUACCAGAGUCUCAGGAGAAAUCUGGGGAGCCAGUAAACUUUGAGGAUGUGGCAGUGAACUUUACCUCGGAAGAGUGGGCAGUGCUGGAUUCUCAUCAAAAGAAGCUCUACAGAGAUGUGAUGAAGGAAACAUAUUUGAACCUGAUCUCCAUAGAAAAAGCACUAGAGGAAAAUAUUGAAGAGGACUACAAAGACCUCAGCAGGAAUAUGGGAAUUCAGGGGAUUGAGAAAGACCAUGGAUAUGAAUGUUAUACUGAGUGUGAUAAAAACCAGCAAUCUAUUCUAGAGAGUAUGAUCAAUAAAGACAUGCCACCCAGAGUAAAAGCUCAUGAGACUUCACUUUAUGUAAGAAACAUUAUUGGUCAUUUAUCCUUACAUGGGUAUCUCAGAGAAAAUACUAGAGGAAAUCCACCACUGUUUAAGGGAGCUGUGGCAAAAGCUUUUACACAUCAGAAACAUUGGAAAGAUAGCAGUUAUUCUGAAUUACUUCAAGUACUUGAAACUUCUCCGAAAGAGAAACCCUGUAAAAUUCAACAGUGUAAUGAAGCCUGUAUGAGUCUCUGUUUUGAUCAGCCUCAGGAGAGAACUCAUACUGAAAAUAAACUCAAUGAAAAUGUCUUAAUGAGAUGCACAUAUGACCAGAAUGGUGAAGGAACCCAUAAAGAAGUGAAACAAUUCGUAUGUAAUCUCAGUGAAGAAUCCUUCAUUGAUUCCAGCGAUCUUACCAACCAUGAAAAAAGUAAUAUUGAAAAGAAAUGGUACAUUUGUAGGGAAUGUGGCAAAACAUUUAAAUAUGCAGCAUGUUUUGAGAAACAUAAAGUAACUCACAAAGGAGAGAAGCCUUAUGCUCCUAUACAUUAUGGAAACUCCGUCAUCCAACUCAAUCAUCAUAACAGUCAUGAAAGCAGUUACACUGGACAAAAACCUUAUGCUUGCAAGCACUGUGGAAAAAAUUUCACCAGUUCUUCUUAUCGAAACAUUCAUGAAAGAAUUCACACUGGAGAGAAAUCUUAUACAUGUAAGCAUUGUGGUAAAGCCUUCAACCACCCCAGUAGUCGUAACAGACAUGAAAGGAGCCACAUUGCAAAGAAACCUUAUGCCUGCAAUAAUUGUGGAAAAAUGUUUACCAGUUCUUCUUAUCGAAACAUUCAUGAAAGAAUGCACACUGUAGAGAAACCUUAUGCAUGUAAGCAUUGUGGGAAAGCAUACACCAAUUCCAAUGCUUGUAGCAUUCAUGAAAGAAUGCACAUGGCAGAGAAGCAUUAUACAUGCAAGUAUUGUGGAAAAACCUUUUCCUGUCCCAGUCUUCUGAAUACACAUGAGAUAAUUCACACUGGAAAAAAGCCUUAUGUAUGUAAGUAUUGUGGAAAAGCCUUCAACCACCCCAGUAGUCGAAACAGACAUGAAAGGAGCCACACUGCAGAGAAAAUUUAUGCCUGCAAGCAUUGUGGAAAAAAGUUCACCAGUUCUACUUAUCAAAGCAUUCAUGAAAGAAUUCACACUGGAGAGAAACCUUAUGCAUGUAAGCAUUGUGGAAAAGCAUUCACCAAUUCCAAUACUUGUAGUAUUCAUGAAAGAAUGCACACAGCAGAGAGGCAUUAUACAUGCAGGUAUUGUGGAAAAGCCUUUUCCUGUCCCAGUCUUCUGAAUACACAUGAAAUAAUUCACACUGGAGAAAAGCCUUAUGCAUGUAAGUAUUGUGGAACAGCCUUCAACAAUCCCAGUAGUCGUAGCAGGCAUGAAAGGAGCCAUACUGCAGAGAAACCUUAUGCCUGCAAGCAUUGUGGGAAAAAGUUCACCAGUUCUACUUAUCGAAACAUUCAUGAAAGAAUUCACACUGGAGAGAAACCUUAUGCAUGUAAGCAUUGUGGAAAAGCCUUCACCAAUUCCAAUGCUUGUAGAAUUCAUGAAAGAAUGCACAGGGUUGAGAGUCAAUAUACAUGCACGCAUUGUGGAAAAGCCUUUUCUUGUCUCAGUCUUCUUAAUAUUCAUGAAAUAAUUCACACUGGAAAAAAGCCUUAUGCAUGUAAGCAUUGUGGAAAAGCCUUCAACCACCCCAGUAGUCGUAGCAGACAUGAAAGGAAUCACAAUGCAGAGAAGCAUUAGACUUAUAUAUGCAUGCAUUGUGGGAAAACCUUUUUCUGGCGUAGUCAUCUGAACAUCCAUGAAAUAAUUCAUACUGGAGAAAAGGCCUUAUGUAAGUAAGCAUUGUGGAAAUUCAUUCAACAACUCCAGUAGUUAUAACAGACAUGGCAGGAGUCACACUGCAUAGAAACCUUGUUCACACAGGUAUUGUGGAAAAAGCCUUCACCAAUUUCACUUCCUGUAAGACUCAUGAAAAGAGUUCACAUUAAAAAGAAGUCUCAUACAUUUAAGCAUUGUGGAAAAGCAUUUAUCCACUCCAUUCAGCUGAACAUGCGUGAAAGGGUUCAAAUUGGAGAGAAGGCUUUUGCAUGUAUACAUUACAGGAAAACUUUGAACAAUUCGACUUCUCCUGAUUUGCAUGAAAAAAAACAAACUUGAGAAAAACCCUGUGUGUGUAAAAGAUGUAGAAACUGUUCAUUCUAUUGACCUUAACAGGCAUAAAAUAUUUCACUUGAAAUUAAAGCUUUAUGCACAUAAGAAUUGUGGAAAAGCCUUUAGCUGCUCUUGUGAUCAUAACAGACAUGAACCUCUUCACACUAGUCAGCAGCCUAAUGCAUGUAACCAUUGUCAGAACGCCUUUACUAGAUUCAUUUGGUACAAGAGUAAAAACAUCCACACUAGAUAGAAACCUUUUGUGUGUACACAUGGUAUAUGUUCUUGUGAUUUUAACAAGCAUAAAGAUCUCACACAUUAUCUCUAAUGUGGGAAAAUCUUCAGCACAUCCAGCUUCUGUAACCCGCAUGCACAGGUUUACAGUGGAAAGAAUUCUAAAGCAUAUAUCCAUUUAAGUAUUCUUCAAAGCCUUCAGAGUUCCUGCUGCCAUUCUAAAGAAUUCACUCUGGAGACAGACUUUACAUGUAUAACCAUGUGGAAAAUCUUUUAACAUCCAGAGUUCCUACUAUACUCAAUAAAUUUUUCACUUUGUGAGAACCUUUAUGUUUAGAAUAAAUGUGGGAAAAUAGUCAAAGGGUUUAGAAUGAAUAAAACUUAAAAGUGUUUGUCCUCUUUGGUAGCGUGUUCCAGAUAUUUUGUGUUUUACAUGAGCUAGUCAUGAUUCUUCCCAGUAAAUGUGAUUAUCUGCAUUGCCUUCCUGGAUCUUACAUAGUAGAAAUAAUAUAUCAUAUUCUGAAGCUGUCUUCUAACAAUCACAUGUACACUUACUAUUGAACACACACACAUACACAUAUGUGUGCACACAUAAACACAGUGAGACACACAAAUGAGUAAAAAAUAACAUAUUCAUAGAGGUGGAGAUACAAUUAACAAAUAAAAAAUUCUAAUGUAGAAAAAAAGAGAUUAUGACAGAUACUCACCAAGAGAGAGAAGGGUGAUUUAUUCUAAUAUUCAUUCUAGUCUUUGAAAAUACAUAUUUUUCUUGACCGGUUGUUAUUAUGGUUUACUGGUUUUACUGCUGGUAAUAAUUGAGUUUUUUUUUUCUACCACUUGGUAAAGUAAGGGCUUUUACUUUGGAGCUACUUAUUAAAAAGAAAAUUUUUAGCUAAGUUACAAUUUGAUUUGUCAAUGUACUGUUUACAAACCAUAUGUUUCCUUUAGAAAAAGCUUUGUGAUGGGCAACAAUGAAUAUUGGCAAUAACCUGCAGUUUGAGGGAGGGAGACCUUAGUUGCGCCUGGGCCAGAAAAUAGCAGGAAAGUGUCCCAUCCUUGGCACUAAUUUCUCAUUAGUAACCAAUGGCACUUGGGGCAGCAGUGAUCAUCAAUGGAGAAAUAUCCAUUGAGUCAUCUAUAUUUUAACUGUGGUUUCAAACUAGCUUUCUCUGUGACAUGGAUGUUUUGAUUUUUUUUACCACAUACACAUACACCCUUUUCUUCAAAUCUUAAAACUGCCCUCUUUGCUUAUACCUUUUAACCCACUGUUAUACUCUCUCCCAAUAUUUUUGUGAUGUGUUCUAACAAACUCUUUUUCCCUCUACUUGUCCCCAUUUUUAUGGUCUUUCCUAUACACAUGGUUAAAUAAACAUGGAAAUGUGGUAGCUAGGAUCUGCAUACAAGAAAAAACUUAGGCAUUUUUCUUUCUGUGUCAGGUUUACUCACCCAUGUUAUUUUCCAAAUCCCAUCUAACUGCCCUCAAAUUCAAUAACUUAAAUGCUUAUAACCAUGUACCGAUUUUUCAAUAUAUAUAUAUAUAUAUAUAUAUAUAUAUAUAUAUUUACCACAUUUUCAGUAUCUACACAUAGUAUUUCUCACACCUUUGUUCUGAAAAAAAGUGAGGAUAGCAUUACUACACAUUCAAAUUUCACUAAGUGCUGUUGAAAACUGGAAGAUGUGCCUUUGUUAUUUUCCUAUUAGGAUGCAUUAGAAAAAAGCACAACAUGUUUGAGAUUUAUCUGGGACAAACUAGUACUGCCUAUUGUGGGGGGGGCAAUAAGAUGCUGAUUAUGUUUCUAUAAAAAUUUAUAUUUACAAAUCAAAAGAAAUUCAGCUCUGGGUAGUACACAGUCACAUAAUGUUCUAUAAUCCGUUACUUUUGGGGCAUGCUCUAUAAAGAAAUUAAAAAUAUCACAGGACGAGAGAGGGGAAACUAAUUAACAUUGUGACUUCUGUUCCUCCUCAGGAAAUGUUUGUCAUUGUGUGUGCUGGUAUCAGAAAACAUUUCUCUCACUAGACUGACAAAGUUUCAACUUUGCAUCCAGUAUAGACACUGGGAUAUUAUACACAUAGAUAGUCAUCUGUGUAUGCUUUGGACAAACAGGUGAUUUUAAGCACAAUAUAUUUUCAAACCACCCAAUGUCCUAAUGAUUUCCAUACAUAUUUGACCACCAGGCACCAACUUCAAGGGCUGUGUGUUGUCUAACUGAUGAUGAGUCUCACUAUGGUGGCUUAUUAGAAGUGCACAUAUAAAUGAUCUACUCUGGGAACUUCAUCAUCCCUCUAUGCAAUCUAUUUAACUCUUCUGAUUUAUUACCUUAUUCCACCUCUUGAAAAUUAAUCUCUAGUCAGAUUUUGUCUUGCUCAAUUUCCAUUUGUUUUGACGGGUAGGUCCAUAAAUAUCUUCAAUGCCAAUAGUAAAUUAAAUUUUGAAGAUUUUUGUUAUUGAUUUGCUAUUUAGCUAAGGCUUACCUUGAAGAUGCCUCUUGCUUCAGCCUCCCAAGUGCUAAAAUGGAAGAAAUGUCUAUUUACAGUCAUGUGGAAAUGAUAAUUUUCACUUUGUCUAAGAAUUUCAUAUAAGCCGGGAAGUGGUGACGCACGCCUUUAAUCCCAGCACUUGGGAGGCAGAGGCAGACGGAUCCCUGUGAGUU